CAGCUGUUAAAUGUCAAUAAAUGCAAAGAAUUCGGUUAUGUUAUUUCUCCAUAAGCAAAUGAGGUUUUUUUAUGUUUAAUCAUUCUUUAAUAUGUAAAAAUAAGCAGAAUUAUACCAUAAGCAAGAUGUUGGUGAAACACGGUUCUAAAUUAUAACCUAUACAUAGUAACAAUGCUUAAAAUACAGGAAACAGUUCACAGUUCAUAGACCUUUCAUUUUCAUUCCCUCACAAUGAUGUCGAAUUUAUUAUAUGAGAAACGCCCUCUAAAAAAACCGAGGAUAGGUCCCCCUGAUGUCUAUCCUCAGGAACCCAAGCAGAAGGAAGACGAGCUGACAAGCGUAAACGUUAAACAUGGCUUUCCAACAAUGACACAUUUAAAUGACGAAUUCGGCACUGCACGUAAUUGUAAUGUGACCGCUGGCAAGAUUGGGGCAUAUUUUAAUGCGAUCAUUGCAAAAAAGGAAGAAUUAAGUACACUUCCCGAUUCUGGAAGGAAACGCCAGCAAAUCAACCCGAAAGAUAACUUCUGGCCGGUCACUAUGAGAACUAAGAAUGCCAUCGAGGCGUGGUUUAAAGAUUUGGCAGGUAGUAAACCACUAACGAGUUUAUCAAAGAAAGCACCAAAUUUUAAUAAGAAAGAGGAAAUAUUUAUGAUGCUUUGUGAACAUCAGGUUCCGAUGUUACGUGCUGCGUGGUUUAUUAAGCUGAGUUCUGCGUACACAGUUGCCGUGUCUGAAGCAAAAAUUAAGAAGCGACAAAUGCCUGAUCCUACUACCGAGUGGACGAGUACGUUACUUAAAUUUUUAAAGGAUCAAAUACCUAAACUACAGGAGUAUUAUUCUCAAACUGAUAAGACUGCAAAUAAUUCCACUACAGGUGUUACAUCCAUUGAUACGGAUCAAAAAGUUGCUAUUAAACAGUGGACAUACUGUACACAGCUUCUGAAAUUCAUGUAUGAGGAAGGAUUACUGGACUCGCAAGAAGUAUUAAACUGGAUAUUAGAGUUAUUAGAAAAAUUUCGUACACAUCCGUCCGAUGAUGGACUCUUACGAUUAUACCUGCCACUCACAUUACAGUAUCUUGAGGAAUUUGUACAAUCCGAACUGUUAUCGCGCCGAAUGGCUUAUCUGUGUACAAAAAAACUAGGAAAUAUGCUAACUAAUGUCGCGGAAAGCAACAUAAUCACAUCUCCGCAAAGUGAACAAAACAAAAACGAUCCGAAAGAGGGAGAGAAAGAGAAGAAAGAUGUUGCACUUGUGACGCCGAUUCAAAGCACGCUAUUAGAGUACCAAAAUUGCCCACACCACAGGGAUUUAGUAUUGCAGCUUAGUACUAUUAUACAAACAAUUACAUUAGAAUGCCCUAGCAGUAUUGUAUGGUGUGGUGCGGGUGUUGGUUCUGUGUGGUACGGUUCUCCUUUAGAUUUAUUACCUAUACUCCCUUCCGCUCUACCGACCCCAACUCGAUGCAAUGCGGCUGUCUACAGGAAACAACUCCAACAAACUGAGCAUAACAUACGAGAGAGGAGUAAACGUGCUGAAGGUCGUUGGUGCAGCGAAAAAUGGCAAGCCUGCUCUACAGGUGUUACAACAACAUGCGUUUUGGCUGCGUUAGAUGCUUUGGAUCGGCAUCGUUUCGAUCGAAUGGACGCUACAAAUUCACUAGAUACUCUUUAUAAUAAAGUUUUCAGUAGCGGAAAUGACCAAGAAAGUGCAGUGGUGAAGCUUCUUUGUGAAUGGGCCGUCUCGCCCGAAAGAACUGGUGAACAUCGAGCGUUAGCUGUCGCGGCUUUGUUGGAUCGUCGACAGUCGGAUAUAUCGUCAUCUACAGAUCAGGAUACAAUCAUUGAUGAUCGAGAUUCGAGUAGCUCAAUGCCUGGUGGACCUCCAAUGUUUCAAUCUUUGCUGAUGAAGUUUUUGGAUACUGACGCUCCUAUACCGUCUCUUGACGACUCUCCACAGAAAAAAACCGCCUUCACAAACUUGGUUCAUUUGUUUUAUGAACUAAUUCGUCGAGAUGUGUUCUCACAUGAUGCAUAUAUGUGCACUUUGAUUUCAAGAGGGGAUCUUUUGGGACAUGAAGAAAGCACUGACAUGACGCAAUCAAAAAUGGAGGAUCAUUCCCAUGGAAUGGAUUAUGACGAUUCUAAAAUAGACGAUGAUUUAGACAAAAUCCUGCAAAACAUAAAGGAGGAUCAACAAAAUUCAAUGGACAUUCCAGACAGUCCGAAAGAUCAUGACCACAGCCAUCAACAGCAUAUGCCGAGCUUAAUGGGACUAGCGCCAAUGGAAAAUGAUCAUAACGGUCACAAAGUAAAACCGUCACGUCAUUUAUUAUACACCAUACAUUUUCCCCUUCCACAAGACGACCCCUUUUCACAACACGAUUGCAACCAACGUCACGUAUUGCUAUAUGGGGUGGGUAAAAUCCGAGAUGACGCUCGUCACAUAGUCAAAAAAAUGUCGAAAGAAAUAUGCAAAUUGUUUUCCAAAAAGUUCAGUAUAGACGUUGCCGAAGGAGGCAAAGUUAAGAAGCACUCACGCAACGAAUUCAAUUUUGAGGCCACCACUCAGAAGUGCCAAAGUUUGAGUUACUUCGAUCAGCACGUCGUAACGUGGCAGUGCAGUGUUACCGUAAUCGAAAUGCUAAAUUCUUUCGCAACUGGAAACUCAAAUUACUUACCCGUUCAAGAGCAUGUGGCCUUCUUGUUCGAUCUGAUGGAGUUGGCUUUAAACAUCUACGGCUUGAUUGAUGUGUGCAUACAAAUACUGAAGGAGCUUCCCGAAGUUGAGGCCCAACUUUUAGCAAAAAACUCAAUCUUAAUGAAAAGUUAUACCACAUCGUUAAGUUUAUAUAUAGUUGGUGUGUUACGAAGAUACCACUGUUGUUUAUUAUUGUCGCCCGAUCAAACCUCGGCCGUAUUCGAAGGACUAUGUCGAGUUGUAAAGCAUGUUUCUAAUCCGUGUGAUUGCAGUUCAGCGGAACGUUGUAUUUUAGCUCACCUUUAUGAUCUCUACUCGUCUUGUAGUCUUUUAAAGGCAAAACCUCACACUGUCGAACCGUUUGGCAAUGCGUAUCCGAAAAUUCGGCAAGCCUUGUACACAGCCCUUCAACCCAUGCCUAAUAAUAGUUACGUUUACAAUCCGCAAUUUAUGCAAGAAGUAUUUACGAAUCCGAAGAAAGGUGGAAAAAUUGAAGGCUCGUGGGCUAGACAAUUAAGUGAGAAUGUGAAUAAUAGGUAUUCAUUUGUAAGUAACGCCAUUAUAUAUGUAUGCCGUGAGACUGACAAUGAACGACUUAACGAUCUGGCUAUUAUGUGUGCUGAAAUGACGGCAUGUUGUAAUUCGUUAGCCUUUGAAUGGUUGGGUGCUUUACUAGCCCUAUGUUGUCCUAUGUCUCAUCCCGGCUAUUACACAGAUGUUUUUGCGCAACUCGACAUACAGGAUAUCAGCAUCCACAAUGCCUUAGCAGUAUUUACUUGUGUUCUUAUCGCUCGACAUUGCUUCUCAUUAGAAGAUUUUGUAGCCCGUAUCGCUCUGCCGAGCCUUUUAAAGGUUAAAUCGUUGGAUAAUAGUGGGUCAUCUGCCGAAGGUGGCAUGCGACUAACGUGUCAUUUACUUUUAAGACUGUUUAGAACUGCCGAAGGUCCACAACCUGGACUUUAUUCUGUAGGAUCUCCUCCCCUGACAGCUCCUAGACCUCCUUUAGGAGUACGAUUAAGUUGUGAUAGGCACUUAUUGGCGGCCGCACAUCGUAAUAUUCAUGUGGGCCCGGUACUUGCCGUUUUAAAAGCAGUAUUAGUUGUUGGCGAUGCAACUGCGAAAGAGGGAACUGAACUGAGUAUUUCGCAUAUUUUAGGUACAAGUGAUUUGCUUAGCGGCGGAGAUGGACCAUCUUCUGAUAUAGUUCCAUCGAGCACUGUAAAUGGUGAAAGCACUGCCUCCUUAUCUGCCUUCGCAUGCCACGUUCUACGAGAAAUAUGCUCACAACAGUGGGUGUUGGAAAGGUGCCUGUCUCAUCCCGAGGAGCUCUGCCAUCCUGACAAUUUACUCGAUCCCUUAUUAUCGCAUUCCCAGGCACAGAGAUUGUUGCAUAUGAUUUGUUAUCCCGACGUGAGUUCAGCAAUUGAAGAGUUGGAUCAGAAAAGCAUGAUUGGUCGCAUAUUAGAGAAUUUGGAGCAGUGGAGUUUACGGAUGUCGUGGUUGGAUCUCCAAUUGAUGUUUAAACAAUUUAAUACUACCUCGUCCGAGCUAAAUCAAUGGCUGGAUACAGUUGCUAAGGCCGCGAUUGAUGUGUUUCAACUGACACCUUCUUCAAAUCCUCACAGUGAAGAGAAAAAAAACAAGCAUCAUAAUUCGAUAUGGUUAGUCGCUCCACUUAUUUCGAAAUUGCCAAGUGCUGUGCAAGGACGAGUUUUGAAGGUUGCCGCACAAGUGUUGGAGAGCGGUGGGUGGUGUCGUGAACAAAAAAAUAAACAGCGUUCCAAUGUUGAAAACCAAAGUUUACUGAGCCAUCAACCAUUUUUAACGUUGGUUCUUACGUGUCUCAAAGGACAAGAGGAGGGUCAAAGAGAAGGGCUGUUAUUUUCCUUACAUUCACAAUUGACCCAGUUGGUGUCAUUGGCCCGUGACGGAAACUUAUUGGAGAUUGUUAGUAAUGAACGGACUUUGGAUGGUUUGCAGUUGAGAUUCUCUCUUGUUGGUGGAGUUUUUGAAGCUAUCCAAAGAAGUUCCACAGCUUUAACUGAUUGGUGUCUGCUUUUGGUUCAAUUGGUAACACAUGGCUUAAUCGAUUUGCACACCCACAAUGAGUUAUUCACAACUGUCAUUGAUAUGCUGGCUACACUUAUACAUUCAGCUUUAGCAUCCGAUAGUCAGGAUGAUGGUAGAAAAAUGUAUCAAAAUCUAAUGAAAAAACUGAAAAAAGAAGUAGGGGAAAAGUAUAGCGCAUCUUUACAGCAUAUUAGACAACUGUUACCAUUUCCUAGGCAAGUAACUGAAGUGAUCGCUGUUGAACCAAUUGGUUGCCUUACCGACAGUAAAGGAAAUAAAAUAAGUUUCGACAGUAUUGAUAAAAAACACGGACUACAAAUGACCGAUCGACAAAGAGUGAGCAGUUGGGAUUUACUUGAGGGUAUGAAGAAUCCGGCUCCGUUAUCAUGGGCGUGGUUUGGUGCGGUAAGAUUAGAACGGCGUCCACUUGCAUGUGAAGAAACAUUUCGAUUGCUGAGAUUUCAUACCCAUAAUUUACAAAGACCUGCCUCCCAUUAUCUGGAUCCACCGCCUCUACCACCAGAAGAUUUAGAACCAAUCCCUGACAAACCUGUUGAUACACCAUCAUCGGUUGAUCAAAGUCCGCACAGUGGCAUUUUAAGCAAAGGACGUGGUAAAGGCCAACGUAGACCGCGCAAAGCAAAGUCCGCAUCUGGACAAAUGGCAAGUGCAGCAGCAAUGGCUAUGACGCAAUCACCAAUGGCGCAGACUCAACCAGGUAUGGCAAUGCAAGGUGUGCAAGGACCUUCUCAGCAAAUGCAGCAUAUGGGACAGUACAAUCAAGGCGCUACUGGAAUGCAACAAGGCCAACAAUUUGGUGCUGCAAUGGGACAACAACAGUGGUAUAAUCAACAGCAGCAGCAACAGCAACAACAGCAGCAGCAGCAGCAACAAGGAUAUUACCCCCAGCAGAUGCCUAAUGUAAAUCGAUUUGAACGCCCUCAACAAAUUAACCAAUCAAAGCAAGCCCUGUCGCUCAUGUUAAAGCAACGCCAUCCGUUAAAUCAAUUUUUGGGACCGGGAGGACAGAAUUCGGGGCCCCCAACUCAAAAUGCCAAUUACGCAACUAUGCAGAGACAGUUUCCACGUCAGCCAAUGAGACAGCAACAUCCGGGAACCAUGCAAUCAAAUCAGGCAAUGUUCCAACAAUACGGAAAUAUGCCCAAUACGAUGAACCAGCAGUGUAACAAUUACGGCAAUCCUGGUAAUAUGAUGCAGGCGAGUUUGCAAAACAAUCCUCAGCUUAUGCAAACGCAACAAACUGGUAUGUUUGGCGGGCAGCAACAAGGCUUCAGCCAGGCGCGAGCUCCACAGCCGGAUUACAGGGGAAUGGCACAGCAUGCGCGACCUCAGUACAUGCAGCAAGUUCCUAAUGUGACAAUGAACGCCAACCUCAAUAAUAUGAACGCUAUGGGCGGCGCGCAGACUGGACCGGCACCGCCAUAUUCGAGGCCUGUCGGACAGGGCAUGCAGGGAGUACAGCAAAACCAGUUUCAGCAGCAGCAGCAACAGCGUAUGAGGCAGCAGAUGAUGGUAAUGCAACAGCAGCAACAGCAACAGAAUGCAGGGUUAGGCGCACAACCUUCGCCUGCACUUGUUGCACAACUCCAACGACAGAUGAAUCCCAAUCCGUAUCCUCCUCAACCUCCACCCUAUAACCCGCCUUAUGGUUAAUUUUCCUACUAUAAUUACAAGUGGUCAAAUUGUCUUGUAUUAAAUAAUUGAUGUAAUGUCUUAAGUAAAUUUUGUGGAGGAGA